AUGUCCCGUCAUGCUGAGAGAUAUCCGACCAAGUCUGCCGGAAACCGCCACCUUGCUCUGCUCAGGCGUAUUGAUGAGCUAAACACCCAUUUCAACGGGUCGCUUUCGUUCGUGAACAAUUGGACCUACUUCUCCGACAAUCCGUCGGCAGAGUUCGACCAGUUGACCCGCACUGGUCCUUACGCAGGCACAUUGCAAGCAUUCACGACGGGGGUCCGGUUUCGAAGCCGCUACAGCCAUCUCCUUGCCUCCCGGACUUCGACCAGUCGACUCUGGGCCAGCGACUCCGAACGGGUCAUCGAGACAGCCCGACACUUUGCUGCUGGACUGUUCGGACUCGACUGGGAAACUUCGUCGCUUGCUGAGCUAGAGGUCAUCCCCGAGACUGUGGACCGGCGUGCAGAUACACUUACACCGGGGGAUUCCUGUCUGCGGUACAUUGAAGAUACGGAGUAUGGGCAUGAUUAUGGCCUGAGGAUGCUGGGACGAUUUCAGCAGUCUUAUAUCCCUCUGAUUACCGAUCGUCUGCUCUCUCAACACCAAAAUGGCGCACUCGGUUCCUUGACGAACAUGGAAGUCUUCGGGAUGCAGGAGAUGUGCGGGUUUGAAACUUUAGUCCGAGGUUCCAGCCCGUGGUGUGCUGUCUUCACUGAGGACGACUGGGACAAUUUCGAGUACGCCCGAGAUCUGGUCCAUUACUAUCGUGCAGGCCCGGGAAACCCAUAUGCGGGCGCAAUGGGUUGGCUGUGGCUGAAUGCCACAGCUUCUCUUUUACGCUCUGGGCCGGAGGCUGGACCUUUUUUCUUCAGUUUCGUCCAUGAUGGCGACAUCGCGCCUUUCCUUACUGCUUUAGAAAUCCUCAAGGAUCCAAUUUACGAUCCAUCACUGCCGACGGCAUCGGCCGUUGCAGACCGUGUGUGGCGUACGUCAACCGUGAUGACGAUGGGCGGCAGAAUCACGCUGGAACGCUUGACAUGUCCUGGAUCCUCGCAAGAUCCCUUCAUUCGCAUCAACAUAAACGAUGCCGUGAUGCCUUUGCCCUACUGUAAAUCAGGACCUGGGGCCUCCUGCCCAUUGAAUCAGUUCGUGGACUUUGUCCAGCGGCGAAGAGGAGAAGUUGGUGAUUUCGCCCAGGUAUGUGGCCUGGAUGGAGACCCGGGCUGGAUCACAUUCCUCCACCAAGGGCCAACUACCUAA